GCCAGUCAGCAUUCCAGAACACGGUCAGAGUAAUUUGAGAAGAAUCCCGUCCAAAGCUCUUUUGUAACGCUGUUUUGUAAGUGGCUUGUGUAAGAGCUUUCAUAUAUAUGUUUCCAGGAGAGGCACUGCUUAGUGACAGGAGCUCCAGCUGAUUGAAACACCAUCCUUCAGGAGAAACAUGGUGUCUGCGUUUAACGCCUUACUAAACCUGACCUGGUGGAUAGACACGCAGGGAAUUCUGGUCUUUCUGUGUGUGGUGCUGUUGGUGAAAUACCUGAGUGACACUCGACCCAAGAACCUCCCCCCAGGUCCCCUUCAACUGCCCAUUAUUGGCAACCUGCUGGACAUCAGCUUCCGUGAUCCCAUCAGAUCCUUUGAAAAGAUCUAUGAGAAGUAUGGUGGCGUUAACACACUUUACCUCGCAAACCAGGACUGUGUUCUGCUGUCCGGCUAUAAGAGUUUCAAAGAAGCAUUUGUGGAAAAAGGGGACAUCUUUAGUGACCGAGCCUCCUACCCACUGAACGACAGACUAUCCAGAGGAUUGGGCCUCAUUUCAUCCAGUGGACACAUGUGGAGGCAGCAGAGACGCUUUGUUCUGUCCACGCUGAAGAACUUUGGCAUGGGAAAAAAGAUCCUGGAGAACUCCAUCUUGCAGGAGAGCCACUACCUGUGUGAAGCUCUGAAUUCCCACCAAGGUUUGCCCUUUGACCCUCACCGUACACUGACCAACGCAGUGGCCAACAUUAUCUGCAGCCUGGUGUUCGGCCACAGGUUUGAAUACGAUGACCACUACUUCCAUCAGAUUCUGCAGUACUCGGAUGAAGUGUUUCAGCUUCCUAUGACCGGCUGGGGCCGGCUCUACAAUAAGUUCCCCACCCUCAUGUCCUGGCUCCCAGGAAGGCACCAGAGAGCCUUCGCCAAUCUUUCAAAGGUAAAGCGUUUCAUCCAGGAGGAAAUCCAGAAGCACAAGCAGGACAGAAACCCAGACAACCCCAGAGACUACGUCGACUGCUAUCUGGAGGAAAUCGAGAAGUGUAAGGACAGCCAGGCCGAGUUUACAGAGGAGAACCUGGUGUGGUGUGUGGUGGAUCUGUUCGGAGCUGGAACGGAGACCACCUUCAACACUCUCAGAUGGGCCAUGCUUUAUAUGGCCAAAUAUCCCGCAGUGCAAGAGAAAGUCCAGGCAGAAAUUGAUCAUGUGAUCGGACAGACUCGUCCACCCUCGAUGGAUGACAGAAGCCGGCUGCCGUACACUUACGCAGUCACUCACGAGAUCCAGCGCUUCUCCAGCGUUGUCCCCUUCGCCCCUCCCAGAGUAGCCAACAAAGACACUACAGUAGCAGGUUACCUCAUCCCUAAGGGAAUGAUGAUCGUCCCCUUCCUGAACCCAAUCCUGCAGGACAAGCAUGAGUACAGCACUCCCGACAAGUUCAACCCAGAACACUUUCUGGAUGAAAACGGCAGAUUUGUGAAGAGAGAAAACUUCAUUCCCUUUUCAAUAGGUAAGCGGAUGUGUCCAGGUGAGCAGCUUGCCCGUAUGGAGCUCUUCCUCUUCUUCACCUCUCUGAUGCAGCGCUUUACUUUUCACGCUCCUGAGGGCCAGACUCUCGGGUUAGAGCGAACGGUGGGCAUCACCUUAGGCCCCAGACCCUUCCAGAUACGUGUAGUGCCACGCUGAUGUCAACAAGCUGAAGAGUUCAUUAACACUGCAACAUUUCUGUAACAUACUACUAACCCACUAGAGGGCAGCAUAGAGUCUACUUCUGCUGUAGAAACUGAGUUUUCACAAUUGUCAAAAUUCAUACUCAGUUAAAGAUAAAAUAUUCUUACUUAACAAUAUUUUGAUCAGCCUAAUUAAUAAACCACAGUUCAGUUCAAGUUCAAAUAAGUUCUUUAUUCCAAAAAUGAUAUGUAAUGUAUGUAUCACUGUUACGGUACAAAUUAUGGUACAAAUGUCCAUAUCACUCUGAAAUAUAUUAUAUUACAUGUUGUAAAUGACAACAUGUAAUAUAAUAUAUUUCAUAUACAUAUUCAUAUACAUGAAAUGUCUUAAAUUCUCAAAUUCAUCUCUUUUUUUGUUUCUUUUAUACCAAUUUUCUAUGACUAUGUCAAAAAAAGUUUCCAAUUUAGGGAUUUUCAAUUAUCUACAUCAUUUGAGCACAGAAUCUGUUCUUUAGGUUAUGUGAAAAUUUCAUGAUGAAUGGACCAACGGAAAUGUUCCAAAACUGAUUGGAAUAAAAUCUCUUUAUAAUAACUUACAUUAAAAGUAA